GGCCGCCGGCCAAAGACUCGGCAACCUUCUUCUCCUGCGCGCUCAACCCGUUCUCGUCAGCUCCAGACCAGCAGUCCGACCCCAAGGGCGGCAGAUGAACAGUCACAGGCAACUCCUCGUGCUUCAAGGCGAUUGAGAGGUGAAAGCGGCAGUUCCCCUCGUCAUCGCCUAUGUUCUUCCAGUCCUCCCUUCAAAAGGCAGACAGCAGUGCGGAAACACCAGAUGACUCCCUCCCCCAUUCGGUACAUGUCCAGCUCCAGUCCAACUCGAGCUCAGAAUCGCCAGUCACGGCGUUCCGACAUUCCAGCAGCAGCAGUGGAUCUAUUCGCUGAGGCCUUGGGCGGUAGCUCAACUCGUGUGAUUUGGGGUUACAAACAUCUCUCCAUCCAGGAUUUCAUGAGAACGGAAAUCAUCAGCAUGUUUGAGCACCAUGCGACAACUUGGAGUGACCAGCUUGAACUUUGGAUGCGAGAACCUGAAGGCGUACCAUCAACACUCAAGCUAUGGCAUCAGUUGCAUGCUUAUCCUCAAGAGAUCAUUCCAUUGAUGGAUCAGACAGUGACGGAUGUGAUGGGCUUGGUCAUUUCGGACGACACCAUCAUUCCGGAUAUGAAAGAAGCUUUCUUCCGAUGCCAAGUCUGCAACCAUGGUGUUCAAGUCGACAUUGAUCGUGGAAAGAUUGCCGAAACCCACCGACAGGUCAUCAAGUUGCAGGAAACGCCUGACAGCAUUCCCGAUGGUCAGACUCCUCACUCGGUUUCGCUUUGCGUGUAUGAUGAGCUGGUGGAUGUCUGCAAGGGCUGUUGGGUAUCGACGGUCUCGACCAUCGAGCAGGAGCUCUCGGAACCAGGCGGCUGGGGGAUGCAGAGACAGACACGCAGGCUCACUGCGGAGGAGGAAGAGAAGAUUAAGCGAACUGCCACCAGACCUGAUCUGUAUGAGCUUCUCUCUCGCUUCUUCGUUACGUCCAUAAGAUUGCCCCUCGUGGUGUGUACACCAGCGGCAAUAGGCUCUUCCGCUGUCGGUCUUACGGCGUACGUCACCCGCGAUCCUGAAACCCGUCAGAUGGUCCUCGAGUCGGGUGCCUUGGUUCUCUCAGACGGCGGUAUCUGUUGCAUCGACGAGUUCGACAAGAUGAACGAAUCCACUCGAAUAUUGACUUCCCCUACCUUGCUGUCCCGAUUCGACUUGGUAUACCUCGUGCUGGACCGAGUGGACGAGCAGGAAGAUCGUCGGCUCGCUAAGCAUCUUGUCAACAUGUACCUGGAAGACAGACCCGAAAACGCUGCCGAGGAAGAGAUCUUGUUCACCCAGUGCUCACUCCCCGCCGCUUGGGAUGACAUUCGGUCUUCUGACCGCCGUAUCACCGCCACCACUCGUCAACUGGAAUCCAUGAUCCGGCUGUCGGAAGCGCAUGCCCGUAUGCGGCUGUCGCCCGAGGUCACGGCAGAUGAUGUGGAGGAAGCCGUGCGCUUGAUCCGCUCCGCCAUCAAGCAGGCGGCCACUGACUCUCGGACCGGUCUGAUUGACAUGAGCUUGUUGACGGAGGGCACUAGUGCCAGCGAGAGACGCAGCCGGGAAGCACUCAAGCGCGCCUUGCUGUCUGUGGUGGAUGAUCUGUGCAGCAGCAGCGGUGCGGCUCGCUGGGCCGAGGUCUUCAAGGUCUUAAGCGAGAACAGCAGCACGGAAGUCGACGGAGGCCAGUUUGCGGAUGCCGUUCGAGCGCUGGAGACCGAGGGAGCUGUAAGUGUUGUCGGCGAGGGUGCGCGGAGGAGUAUCCGGCGCAUUGGCGGCGCUCUUCUGUAGACCAGCUCUCUAAAACGGAUGGGAUGAUGAGACAUGAUGGAAUGGUCUUCUGCAAAUAAUUUCUACUGGUAUCUACUUGAUUUGACUACAUAUUCUCGGGUUGUCUGGCGAUGGAUGGUGUUGGGUGUUUGGGCUGUUACUGCGGCAUAAUAUGGGUUUACUUUGCACAUGAAUACCGAUUCUCCAACUUUAGGUCUGAUUAACACAAUCAACGCCUUUACAGUU